AUGAGUCAGUUUAAUCUGGACCGCUUUCGCUUUGAGAAGAGGAGCCAGGUAGGGGAGCAGGAAAACCUGCCCUCUCCCCUACCCGCUGCUCGGCCCCCAGCUGCUUCAGACGCUGCAGCAAGUAACGGUGGCGGUGGGGAGGAGGAUAAUGAGGUGACCGACGACAGCAGCAGGCCAGAUACGCCAGCCUCAGAUGUGACAGAGAAAACGGAAGAUUCAAGUGUCUCAGAAACCCCAGAAGUAGAAAAGACAACAAAGCUCUCACAUUUCAAAAAUCGCAGAAAUUUACAAUACAUUGACGUAUCCUCUGACAGUGAAGAUCAGGAAUCACAAAAUUGCUCUACUACAAAACACGAUAAUGUUCUUCAGAGGGAUGUUAUUGUGAUUUCUGAACAGUCUGACGAUGAGCAGCCUCAAGAUGAAGUCCCUAAUUUGACGUAUGCAAAUGGUACGGACCAAUCGCAAAACAUGGAGGAGGAAGACAUCAUAGAUGCUAAGCUCCAAACACUGAAGGAACUCUUUCCACAAAGAAAUGACCAGGAAUUACUACAAUUGAUAAAGUCAACACACACAAUGGAUGAAGCAAUAGCUGCUGCUUUGACGCACAGUGAUGAAGCUGCUUCCCGAAAAAGAAAACUAGAACAGUCUCCUAGAGAAAAUUCAGAUGAUGACGAUGAUGAUGACCAAAUUGCAAAAAAGCAAAAAGCUGACUCUCAGGAAGGGUCAGCAUCUCAAAAAGAAUGGGAAAAACAAGAAACUCUUGUCAAGAAACUGCAAAAUGAAUUCCCUGGUUUGGAUAAAAAGGAACUGAGAGAUGUACUUCAAGAACAUAAUUGGGUAUUUCAUGAAGCACUGGAAGCCUUAAAAGUAUUUGCAGAAGACCAAGAGGAUGCACAAAAUCCUUCCAUAAGUGAAGUUUCUAAUUGGAAUGAAGUCUCCACAAAUAGCAAAAAUGAUCAGAACAGUGCAAAGGUGAAGAUGAAACAGAAAUCUUCUACAAAAACUCAGAAUGGCUUUAGGAAAAAAGAUAAAGGCAAAAAAGGCAUUUGGAGUACUAAAAGAGAAAUGGAAGAUUCAGAAUACGAGUCAGCCUCAGAAGGUGGUAGCUCCCUUGAUGAGGACUACAGCAGUGGUGAUGAAGUGAUGGAGGAUGGCUGUACAACUAAAAUACUUAACUUCCUGCAAGAUGCUUCACUGGGUGAACUCACUUGGAUCCCUCAGUGUUCUCAGAAAAAGGCUCAGAAGAUAAUAGAGCUCCGGCCCUUUAAUAGCUGGGAAGCUCUGGUUUCAAAAAUGAGCAAGACAAAUGGUUUGUCAGAAGAUAUAAUAUGGAAUUGCAAAACACUGCUCAGAGAAAGAGAUGUGGUUCUAAAACUUAUGAACAAGUGUGAAGAUAUUUCAAAUAAAUUGACAAACCAAGUGACCAGAAUCACUGAGGAUGGUGGAUGUGGAUGGAAUAUAGAACAACCUUCUAUUCUGAAUCAAAGUUUGGAACUCAAGCCAUAUCAGAAGAUUGGUUUGAAUUGGUUAGCACUACUCCACCAACAUGGAUUGAAUGGCAUUCUAGCUGAUGAAAUGGGUUUAGGAAAGACGAUUCAAGCUAUUGCAUUCCUGGCCUAUCUCUACCAACAGGGUAAUAAAGGUCCUCACUUGAUUGUUGUGCCAGCUUCAACUUUAGAUAACUGGAUAAGAGAAGUUAAUCUGUGGUGUCCGGAUCUUGGUGUCCUUUUUUAUUAUGGAUCCCAGGAAGAUCGGAAACAUCUCAGAAUUGACAUUAAUAAUAAAGCUGUAGACUUUAACGUGAUUGUGACCACGUAUAAUUGUGCAAUUAGCAGUUCAGAUGACCGAAGUCUAUUUCGUCGGUUGAAACUUAACUAUGCAAUCUUCGAUGAAGGCCACAUGUUAAAGAACAUGGGUUCUGUACGUUACCAGCACCUUAUGACAAUUAAUGCAAUGAAUCGUCUGCUACUAACAGGAACUCCAGUUCAAAAUAAUCUAUUGGAAUUAAUGUCUCUCUUGAAUUUUGUUAUGCCACAUAUGUUCAGUAGCAGCACAAGUGAAAUCCGGAGGAUGUUCUCUUCAAAAACAAAAACUGCAGAAGAACAAAGUAUAUAUGAAAAGGAGAGGAUUGCACAUGCAAAGCAGAUAAUAAAACCAUUUAUCUUGAGAAGAGUAAAAGAUGAAGUUCUUAAACAGCUGCCUCCCAAAAGAGAUCUUAUUGAGUUGUGUGCAAUGUCAGAGAAACAAGAACAGCUCUACUAUGACCUCUUGAACAAGAUAAAGAAAUCUAUUGACAGCGAGGAGAAGAAUUCGGACACAGGCAAUGUCAUGAUGCAACUGAGAAAAAUGGCUAACCAUCCUCUCUUACAUCGUCAAUACUACACAGAUGAUAAACUUAGGAUUAUGUCAACUCUUAUGCUCAAGGAACCCACACAUUGUGAUGCUAAUCCUGACCUCAUCUUUGAAGAUAUGACCGUGAUGACAGAUUUUGAGCUUCAUUUGCUUUGUAAACAAUAUGCCAAUGUCAGUGACUUCAAGCUAGAGAUGGACCAGAUUUUGGAUUCUGGAAAAUUUAGAACUCUAGAACAUAUUCUCUCUGAUCUUAAAGAAAAGGGUGAUAGAGUUGUUUUGUUCAGCCAGUUUACUAUGAUGCUAGACAUCUUAGAAGUUCUUCUGAAACAGCAGCAGCAUAGAUAUAUUAGGCUGGAUGGAAAAACACAGAUUUCUGAAAGGAUACAUCUAAUAGAUGAGUUCAAUACGGAUAUGGGUAUAUUUGUUUUCCUGCUCUCGACCAAAGCUGGUGGCCUUGGAAUAAAUUUGACCUCAGCAAAUGUUGUCAUUCUUCACGACAUUGACUGCAACCCUUACAAUGACAAGCAAGCAGAGGAUCGAUGUCACAGAGUAGGUCAGACCAGAGAAGUACAAGUCAUAAAGCUAAUCAGUAAAGGGACUAUAGAGGAAUCCAUGCUCAAAAUCAGUCAGCAGAAAUUGAAGUUAGAACAGGAUAUGACUGCAGCAGAUUUGGGAGAAGGGAACAUUCCAGCAGAUAUAGCCACUUUAUUAAAAGCUUCACUAGGUCUCUAAAAUGUAAAUAAAUUGUAGAUCUUAUUUAGGUGAAAAAAAGCUAUGAUACACAUCCAAGAACUUUUACAUUACUGAUGACAUGAGUUUUAUGGACAUUUUUAACUUUUUUGUAAUUUCUUUAUUGUAUUUCUCAUGGUAUUGAGGAUUUUUAAGUGAUAGAAUUCUCCAGAUGCUUGACAACAAAAAAUAUGUAAAUGCCAUAAGUUGUAGUGCAUAAAAUGCGAUUAAUUCUUAUUUGAAAAAAGUUUUCAAAAUGGGGACCCUAGUUAGUGACCAUUUUAACAGAUCAGCUAAUGUUUAAGAUUGUCAGUAUUUUUGUAAUUAUUUCUACCUCCAAAUAUAUAUAACUGUCUGUUUCACUGGAUUGUGUGUGUAGAUUUUUUUACAUGUGCCUUAUUUGACAAUGUUCAUGUUGGUUUCUGCUUGUUUUAUUGGAUGUACUGUACUGUACUGUUUUUGUAUCAACUUGUUCAAAUAAAAUUGCAUAGAUUAACAAUGGAUUUUUUGGUUUGU